CAGACUUUUGUGCAGAGCUUCCUCAUCACGGCCUUCAUUUCGGAUCUCUUCCACAUUAGGAAGACAUCGAACAAUCAAGGUCGAGGCCUUAAUUCUCCCAAAUCGCCCAACUGCGUUUCCAUCAACUCACAAUUCUUCUCAACCUGCUACAAUGUUCAUGAAACUUCUAGCGCUCUUUACGUGCAUAGUAUCUGCACAAAGCAGCUACAAUGUCGGCCUUGAAGUUGCAGCAAUCCGCACAUAUUUCUACGUUGGUGGCGGAUACAGCGACGAUGGUAACGGUGGGCAUAUCUUCAAGGACCAGAUGUACGUCGAAAAGUUAUCACCCGUUCUGACACGACACAACAAGACAGACCCAAUCGUCCUCAUCCAUGGUCAGGGUCAGACUGGUACCAAUUUUUUGAACAAGCCAGACGGAGGAAAAUCCUGGACGUCGCAGUUCCUUGAUGCCGGCCAUACUGUCUACAUUGUAGAUCAAACUUUUCGCGGAAGGUCAGCGUGGGCGCCUCGCGUCGGUGCGUCGGCGCCAUCCACAUACUCAGCCGAAACCAUACAGCAACGCUUCACCGCACCCGAGCGAUAUGAUCUAUGGCCUCAAGCCAAGCUUCAUACUCAAUGGCCCGGAACAGGCGUUAUGGGCGAUCCUAUUUUUGACGCAUUCUACUCCUCUAACGUCCAGUUCAUUUCCAACGCUACGUAUCAGCAGAAAACAGUACAGUCUGCCGGAGCACAGCUUCUGGAAUUCAUUAACAGUCCCGUGUGGUUGCUUGGUCACAGCCAAGGCGGAUUGAUGCCCUUAGUCAUCGCCGACGCCCGCCCCAAUCUCACCAAGGGCCUCAUCCUCCUCGAACCGACCGGCCCACCCUUCCAGGAAGCAGUCUUUAGUUCUGGCUCAGCCCGACAAUGGGGGUUGACAGAUAUUCCUAUGACCUACUCACCCCCUGUGAAGGACCCUCUCGUUGACCUAGUGAGACAGGUGGUACCACCACCUGUCCAAACCGUCGAUAACGCAACAAUUCCUUGCGUCUUGCAAGCAACACUUCCAGCCCCGAGACAGCUCGCCAAUCUGGCGCCUUUGCCGAUCCUUACGGUGACUGGGGAAGCCAGCUAUCACGCGCCGUAUGACUACUGUACCGUAGAGUUCUUGAAACAAGCGGGUUGCGCGAAGGCUAGUCACCUGGAGCUCAGUAAAAUUGGUAUUCAGGGGAAUGGACACAUGUCGUUCAUGGAAAAGAACAGCGAAAAGAUUUGGGGACAAGUUCAUCGAUGGAUGAAUAGUAGCGGGUAAAGAACCUUGUAUCAGGAAAACGUCUCCUGGUGAUUGAUCACAGGCUCCUUGCGGUGAUCAAUGAAAACACUAACAAUUAUAUAAUGUUACGAAUCUUUACAAGAAACUUCAAAGAGUCACAUAUUCAAGCUGUUGAUUUAGUUUAUGUUGGCUUUACGUGGUAUUACCUGCUGUUUCAAGUAAUCUUUCUCUCGUGGCACCUUGACAUAUUGGAAUGUCGUCCAGCAUUAGUUACGUUUCUUGAGAUUAACAUAAUAAGCAAA